GGUACAUUGGACUCGCAUUACACUGAUCUAGGGUUGCCACCCGUCCUUUUUAAUGCUGUUAAUCGAGGACGGGAAGGCCAGUUUCUCUCAAUCUCCUCGCGAAAUUAUCCUUCUCCUUCCCCUCCUACCCCUUCCCCAUGGCUUUUGUCUCCACGUCCCCUAGCAGGUAACCUAGCAGUAGCAGGUAACCUACAAUAAUCUGCUACAACUGCUGUAGCCAGAGUCAAAUAACCUUUUAUCUAUAAUUUAAUCACUAAAUAUUUUCUAAUCGCAAACAUCAUUGAGAUACCCGAAUUCUGAAUGGACACACAAUUUCUGACGCGCCUCAGUCUUUCCAAUCUAUUCCCUUACACUAAAUACAUACAUAUUUCGUAAUAAAAAUAAAAAUUUCGAAACGUAAACACCACAUCCAACUUUCAUCCUUCCCUAAAGAAAAUCUAUAUUAUUUUUUAUUUUAAUCAAAAAAUAAUUUUUAUCAAACACAGAUACAUUUAAAAAUUAAAUUUAUUAAAAAAUUAAAAAAUAAAAAUGCUAACAUCCACAUUACGCCAAAUUAUUUUAUCUAAAUCCAUCCGCCACUCUAUAACAGCAUUAAAUCCUUUAAUACUAACAACUUCUGCAGCCCGUUCCUAUGGCUGUAUGGUACACGCUGAUACCGUCCCUAUUGUUUUAACUGAUGGGAAUGCAGCAGAUUUGUUGAGUACUGCUACACCUGCCGUUGGCCUGACCUAUGGUCCAGAUGGUCAUGUAGAAUCCCCAGUCAGUCAAUCAGUUGUUGCUAGAAGUGGAAAUAAAUCUGCCUUCAACCACCGUGAAGAAUUGAAAAAUGCCCAAAGAAUUGUUGUAAAAAUGGGAAGUGCUGUAAUUACUAGAGAUGAUGAAUGUGGGUUGGCUUUGGGAAGAUUGGCAAGUAUUGUUGAACAGGUCUCUGAACUUCAACAAAGUGGCCGUCAAAUGCUUAUUGUCUCCUCUGGAGCUGUCGCUUUUGGAAGACAAAAACUGCGACAAGAAUUGGUUAUGUCAAUGUCCAUGAGACAAACACUUCGAGGCCCAGCUGGAAUGCAGACAGACAAAAGAGCAUGCGCAGCUAGCGGGAUGCCAGGAUUGAUGAGUUUGUAUGAACAAUUAUUUCAACAAUAUGGAAUUACUGUAGCGCAGGUGUUGCUAACAAAGCCAGAUAUAGACGACCCUCAACGCAGACGUAACCUACAGGCAACGAUUGAAAGCCUACUCCGUCUCAAUAUAAUUCCAAUAGUUAAUGCAAAUGAUGCUGUAGCACCUGAUCCUAAGCUUAAUAUGCACAUAAGCGACAACGAUUCUUUAGCUAGCCGUCUUGCUGGCGAAAUCAGUGCUGAUCUUUUAAUUAUCCUAAGCAACGUUAAUGGUGUCUAUAGCGGUCCACCAGAACAAGAAGGCUCUCGUCUGCUCAACUUUUAUUGCCCAACAGAAUCUAGCUCGGUAACCUUUGGUUCAAAUUCAAAAUAUGGAACUGGAGGAAUGGAGGCCAAAGUGCAAGCAUGCGUGAAAGCAUUGGAACAUGGUGUUGCUACAGUCAUCACCAACGGAUUACUAAACAAUGCUAUAACUUCUGUAGUUUAUGGAAAGAAAGUUGGAACGAUGUUUUGUAGCGAUUCUUUACAGGAAGGCACUCCUGUUGAACAAAUUGCUGCUAAAGCGAAAGAGAGCGGCCGUCUACUUGCUAACAUUUCCAACGAGGACCGUGCAAAAAUGGUUCGACACAUGGCCGAUUUACUUUUAGCACGUGAAAGUGACAUUAUAGAAGCAAAUAGGGCAGAUCUUCAUAACGCUACAGCUGAGGAGUUGGAACCGGCACUUUUGGAUAGAUUGAAAAUAACAAAAGGAAAAUUAAUGGAUUUACAUGCUGGAUUGAAUCAAAUAGCAGAUUCAGCACGUUUCCUAAUUGGGAGGGUGUUGAGAAGAACUAAGCUGGCAGAACAGUUAUAUUUGGAGCAAACAACGGUCCCUAUCGGCUCUCUCCUUGUCAUCUUCGAAUCAAGACCAGAUUGUCUUCCUCAAGUUGCCGGUCUUUCAAUGGCUUCAGGAAAUUCUUUAUUGCUCAAAGGGGGUCGAGAAGCUGAAGAGACAAAUAAAUUGCUACAUUCUUUGGUACAAGAAGCUUUGGGAACGCAAGGCUACGAAUUAAGGGAUGCGGUUACUUUGGUUAGAUCGAGAGAAGAUGUUGCUGAACUUUUGCAACUUAGAGAAUUAAUUGACUUGGUAAUUCCUCGAGGUUCAUCAGACCUAGUCAGAAAAAUGCAAGAAUUGAGCAAAGGAAUCCCCGUUCUCGGACAUGCUGAGGGUAUUUGCCACGUUUUUGUUGACAGAAAUUGUGAUGAGAAGAUGGCUUUGGAUAUUGUUAGGGAUUCUAAAUGUGAUUACCCUGCUGCUUGUAAUGCUGUAGAAACUAUUUUGGUUCAUCGAGAUCAUAUUAACACUCCUUUCUUUGACAGCCUCUGUGGAAUGCUCAAGUCAGAAGGUGUUAAACUUCAUGCUGGACCCAAACUCCAAUCAUUACUUAAAUUUGGACCUCCGGCAGCUGAGUCGCUUAAAUUCGAAUAUGGCCGGUUAGAAUGCACACUUGAAGUUGUGGAUAAUGUGGAGGAGGCUGUUUCUCAUAUUAUUCGAUAUGGAAGUGGACAUACAGAUUCGAUUGUGACAAAUGACGACAAAGCAGCAGGCUAUUUCCUAACCCAAGUAGACAGCGCUUGCGUCUUUCACAAUUCAAGCACACGCUUUGCUGAUGGAUAUCGGUUUGGGUUGGGUGCUGAGGUAAAUAUUUGGUCAUUAAAUUGUAAACUGAAUCCAGUUUGGUUUAAGAUUUAUUUGUUGGGGUUCUCUGGUAUUUAA